AUGGUCGGUUCAUGCAACGGUUUGGUUUGUCAUUACUUGAAUAAUCAAGUCACAAAAGGUUAUUGUGGUGGUAUUUGCAAUCCAGUAACAGGGGAAUACCUUGUAAUUCCAAGACCAAGAAGACCAAAAUAUGCCGGAUGGUUCGUACUUGGAUUUGGAUACCUUCCUUCCACUAAUGAGUAUAAGGUUGUCAGAUGUUGUUACGAGUGGUUAAACGGUGGGUGGAAGGGAUAUGUUGAGGUAUGUACUCUUGGCUCUCAAAGUGGGUGGAGAGGACAAGAAAACAUCCCUUACACAAUAUUCCUUUCGCAAUCAGGUCUCUUUGUUAAUGGAGCAAUUCAUUGGAUUUGUGAGACAGUCCGGAAGAUGUGUAAGAUUGUCGCCUACGAUCUAUCGGAUGAGAAGUUCAAGAACGUGUCAUCACCACCUUUUGAUUUUUUUAAGAGACAUGAUGGCGUCAGUGGUAGACUCGAGCUAUUGGGGGGAAACUUGUGUGCAAUAGUUUACGGCCGUGAUGAAAUCCUCGUAUGGGCAUUAAAAAGAAACACCAAGAAUGCGAGAAUAUUGCGACCUAGAUCAACAGACUAUGACAAUAUCACAUCAACUUUAACUAAGCUUUGGGAGCGUGAUGGUAAGACUCUUUCAUGCCUUCAAGCAAUUCCUCACAUGAAUACCCUUGUUUCUUUAAAAGAUAUUGUAGAACGUUCUGGUAAUAAUGCGACUUCAGAUAAUGGUGAGAGUUUGGGGAGUAAGAUAUCAAGAAAGCGUAAGAGGAGGAAGUACCAGUGCAUGAAGAAGGGUAGAAAGGGAUUGAGCCCCUUCGUUAAUUAG